AUGUCCGACGUCACACCUACGAAGAGAGCAUCGCUACCAUUACCCGCAGAGCUUCUCGGGCUCAUCUUCACGUUCGCAACUGCGGGCUACGAGAUUGAAGACUUCAUCGAUCUGGCACUGGUUUGCAAAGAGUUUCGCGACGUUCUCUUUACCACCCCGGCGCUCUGGACCAACCUCUCAGUGGUGUACGGCGAGAAGACUCCUCUGGGGAAGCUCAGUACCCAACUCAAAACUCUUUUCGAGCGGUCUAAAAAUCUCCCUGUUCAACUGAGUCUUCAUCACGAUGGCCCCAAGCUUCACUCCAGGAUGGACUUGCUCACCGGAUUUCUUGUGGAUGAGCUUCCACCGCGUGUGGAGAGUCUCGCUUUGUCGGUCUCAUACGAGGCAGUAUCCUUCACACUUCUCGAGCUUAUGGGGUCAAACACUGAUUGGAUGAGCGACUUCUUGGGCAUGGCAGGCACAAAGCCCUUUGAAUCUCUCAGCACGCUCCGCCUUCAUUCCCAUUCCGGCCCACUUCGAAUCCAGCCAGACACCUUUCAGAAGGGCUUUCCGAAUCUCAAACGCCUCGACCUCCGUGCCCUCGAUUUCUAUCAAACGGAUCCAGUGGAGGGACUGGUGGUUUCCAACGAAUGGCCGACGGUCGAUCUGACGGGACUUCAGAAGCUCAAUGUUUUAUUUCCAGUGAUGGGCUCAAUUUCAAGUUCCACACCGACAGUCCUCUUGCCCUCCAUCCUGUCACAGGCUCCAGAAUUACAAUCUCUCAAUGUUUAUCUGAGUCCAGGCCCUCGCACUCCACCUCCACCAACUCUGACUCACAAGCAACUCGGGCGGCUGGGCUUGAAGGGCACGUUAAAGGGUAUGAUCUGCCAGCUUUCGACGGUAAUCUUACCAGGCCUGCGCUCGCUUCGACUUGAGAGAUUCAAUAGUCUAAAUAUCAUAGAGUGCUCAUACGGCGACGGAAAUUUGGAGCGAUCUAUCGCAUCCACUAUUAUAAAGUUGGCCGAGGCGAGCAAGUGUCAACUGGAGGAUAUCGUCUUGGUUCACAUCAUGCUGAGCGAGGAGGAAAUUGAGGAAUUGGUACACUCUCUUCUAUCGUUGGUUAGCCUCACUAUCGUAACUCGCCGCUGGGAUUAUACGAUAGAAGUGCGAAGGGUCCUUGGACCCGUGAAUCCAGAUGCGGGCGAAUCCGAUGACCUGUGCUUCCCUUUCAAUUUUUAG